AUGAGCGGCUCCCAUUCAAACGAUGAGGAUGACAUAGUGCAAGUGCCCGAGACGUCCUCUCCCACCAAGGCAGCGUCGUCAUCUCCCCUAAAGCCUAGCUCGUCGACGAUUCCGGAUGCAAACGUAGCCUCUCUGAGGAGCAGGUUCACUUUCAAGCCUUCUGAUCCGAGCCAAGGGGCCCAUACUUCAAAGCCGCUCCCAUCUGGAAGUCCUGAAGUGGCACUGGUUAACCUGGCGAGAGAGUUCCCUGAUUUCUCUCAGACUCUGGUACAGGCUGUUUUUAAGUCUAACUCCUUCAACUUGCAGUCUGCCAGGGAACGUCUUACGAGAUUGAGGCAGCAGAGACAAAACUGGACAUGGAACAAGAACGCAUCUCCCAAGAAGGCAGAGACCCCGCCACCUGUCAAAAAGGCAUUGCCAUUGGCUAAUACAGGCCGUUUAUCUUCUAUUCAUGGCAACACUAGCAACAAGUCUUCCAAGAUCACUGUGGCCAAACAGAAAACGUCCAUCUUUGACCGUUACUCGAACGUCAUCAACCAGAAACAAUACACUUUUGAACUGCCAAAUAACCUGAACAUAGACUCCGAGGCACUCAGCAAGUUGCCCGUGAACUACAACAAAAAGAGAAGACUGGUUAGAGCAGAUCAGCAUCCAAUGGGUAAGUCUCAUGAGUCUGCCUCUACGCAAUUAGGAUCUGCAAGGGAGAAACUCCUGGCGAGCCGCAAAUACGGCGGCCGUACGGACGACAAUGAGGAAGAGGAGGAGGAAAGUAUGAUGACCGACGACGACGAUGCAAGUGGCGACGACUAUACGGAAUCCACGCCGCAAAUAAACCUUGAUGAACAAGUUUUACAGUUCAUUAAUGAUUCUGAUAUUGUCGAUCUCUCCGAUCUCUCCGAUACCACCAUGCAUAAGGCACAACUGAUAGUCUCCCAUAGGCCCUAUUCUUCCCUAAACGCCUUUAUAAAUACAAAAUUUAGUGAUAAGGACACUGAGGAGAAUGCUUCGAACAAGAGGAAAAGGCGCGCAGCGGCAACUGCCAACGAAAGCGAAAGGUUACUUGAUAAGAUUACCCAAAGUAUUAGAGGUUACAAUGCAAUUGAGUCCGUGAUCAAGAAGUGUUCCUCCUACGGUGAUUUGGUAACUUCACAAAUGAAGAAAUGGGGUGUACAAGUGGAAGGUGAUAACUCCGAGUUAGAUUUAAUGAACCUUGGUGAAGAUGGCAACGAUGAUGACGAUGAUGAGGAUAAUAAUAGUAAUAAUAGUAGUAGUAAUAGUAAUACUGCUGGUGCGAAUGACGAUGGCAAGGAAAAAGAGGACGCAAGGGCUGUGGUGGAAGGUUUUGAUGAAACUAGUGCGGAACCCACACCCGCGCCAGCUGAAAGAGAAACGAAACGAACUAGGAACACAGCCAAGUCUGAAGCAGAUGGGGACGAAGAAGAUGUAGAUUUGGAAGCAAUUGAUGACGAGCUGCCACAGUCGGAACAUGAAGAUGACGACUAUGAAGAGGAAGACGAGGACUAUAACGAUGAGGAAGAGGAUGUGGAAUAUGACGAUGAAGAUGAUGAUGAUGAUGAUGACGAAUUUGUGGCCGUAAGAAAAAACAGACAUGUCGCUUCCACCACAAACAGAAACGGUCGUAAACCUAUUGUUAAGUUCUUCAAAGGCAAACCCAGAUUGUUAAGUUCAGAAAUUUCAUUGAAGGACUACCAGCAAACCGGCAUAAACUGGUUGAAUUUGCUAUAUCAAAAUAAGAUGUCAUGUAUUCUUGCAGACGAUAUGGGUCUAGGUAAGACGUGUCAAGUCAUUUCAUUCUUCGCAUACUUGAAACAGAUAAACGAACCAGGGCCUCACCUGGUUGUUGUGCCAUCGUCGACGUUAGAAAAUUGGUUAAGGGAGUUCCAGAAAUUCGCGCCUGCCUUAAAGAUUGAGCCCUACUAUGGCUCUUUACAAGAGAGGGAAGAACUGCGUGAUAUUCUGGAAAGGAACUCUGGAAAAUAUGAUGUUAUCGUGACCACGUAUAACUUAGCUGCAGGCAAUAAAUACGACGUUUCAUUUUUGAAAAAUAGAAACUUCAACGUUGUGGUUUAUGAUGAAGGCCAUAUGUUGAAAAAUUCCACAUCAGAGAGAUUUGCAAAAUUGAUGAAGAUUCGGGCAAAUUUCCGUCUUUUAUUGACUGGUACACCCUUACAGAACAACUUGAAGGAACUAAUGUCGCUUUUGGAAUUUAUCAUGCCUAAUCUUUUCAUUUCUAAAAAGGAAUCAUUUGAUGCAAUCUUCAAACAACGUGCUAAGACCACGGACGACAACAAAAGUCACAACCCGUUAUUGGCGCAAGAAGCCAUCACAAGAGCGAAAACAAUGAUGAAGCCGUUUAUUUUGAGAAGACGUAAGGACCAAGUGCUGAAGCACUUGCCACCAAAGCACACGCAUAUCCAAUACUGUGAGUUGAACCCAGUGCAAAAGAAAAUAUAUGAUAAGGAGAUUCAAAUUGUGUUAGAACAUAAAAGAAUGAUUAAAGAUGGUGAAUUGCCACAACAAGAAAAAGGAAAAUCUAAAACACAAUCAUCAAGUUCCAAAAAUCUAAUAAUGGCAUUGCGUAAGGCUUCUCUUCACCCGCUUCUAUUUCGAAAUAUUUAUGAUGACAAAAUGAUUACUAAAAUGAGUGACGCCAUCUUAGAUGAACCUGCAUAUUCAGAGAACGGUAACAGGGAAUAUAUUAAAGAAGACAUGAGUUAUAUGACGGAUUUUGAAUUGCAUAAGCUAUGUUGUAACUUCCCCAACACGUUGUCCAAGUAUCAACUUCAUAACGAUGAGUGGAUGCAAUCGGGUAAGAUUGAUGCCCUAAAAAAAUUGUUGAAAACAAUCAUCGUGGACAAACAGGAAAAAGUUCUGAUAUUCUCUUUGUUCACUCAAGUCCUGGAUAUUCUAGAAAUGGUGCUGUCCACGUUGAAUUAUAAAUUUUUAAGAUUAGACGGGUCCACGCAAGUGAACGAUAGGCAACUAUUGAUUGAUAAGUUUUAUGAAGAUAAGGAAAUCCCUAUUUUUAUCUUAUCAACAAAAGCAGGUGGAUUUGGUAUUAACUUAGUCUGUGCAAAUAAUGUUAUUAUUUUUGACCAAAGUUUUAACCCACAUGAUGAUAGACAAGCUGCUGAUAGAGCACAUCGUGUCGGGCAAACAAAAGAAGUCAAUAUAACAACAUUGAUUACUAAGGAUUCGAUUGAAGAGAAAAUUCAUCAACUAGCGAAAAAUAAACUAGCAUUGGAUUCCUAUAUCAGCGAGGAUAAAAAAUCUCAGGAUGUGUUGGAAAGUAAAGUUAGUGAUAUGUUGGAAGAUAUAAUCUAUGAUGAAAACUCGACACCAAAGAAAACGUAA